AUGCCCGUCACGAAGAGAGCUGAGCUGCUUGAGGACGAGGAGUUGGGGGCAUUGGAAGACAAGACGGAGGCCCUCACUCUUCACUCGAAGCGGACCGAGCGCUCACGCAAGAAGCAGGGCGCAAAGAAGGCCAAGAAAACCAACAACCAGCUGCGGGAUCUCCUAAAUCUGCCAUACGAGCUCAUCCUCGACGUUAUCGAGCUGCUCAGGCCCAGCGACUUGUUCCGACUUCAACGAACCAACAAGUUCUUCCACGUCUCCAUCGCCCUAGAGGAGAGCAAGCUCGCUAAGGCUGUCAGCAGCUUGCGCUACGAGUGCCUCGGGCAAUGCUUUCGCCUUCCAGCUCUUGUCUCCGACAUAGAUCCAGACAUACUAUCUCUGCUGCAGAUCCCCGAGCGCGACAGUCUUCUCGCCAUUCACAAGAAACCCUACCAGCACAUCCUACCUCCGGACCCCACCGAGGUCUGCACAUGUCUCACCUGUGUGCUACGCUGGUCAGCACUUUGUCUCAUUGUCGACUUCGCGCACUGGCAAGAUCAUCUGGAGCGUGGCGAGCCAAUCCCAAUCAUCCCGCGGGGUAAGAAUCCGGAGUGGAACCAAGCGCUCAUAGCCGACAAUGCGUCCAUCGUCCGCAGAGCAAUGCACAGUCCUCUGUGGCACGCGCUAUUGCUAGAGGCUCACCUUGACUCGAUAACAAAAUCCAUCAGUCGCCAUGCAGCAAACAAGGGCAAUCAGCGACCACGUUUUCGAAUGACUCGAGCAGACGUCGACUCAGGAACUGAUGGUUUCCUGUCUCGGAGUGGUCCUGCUUCACUCGACUUCCCAUACCACAGGGACAACUACUACAUGCUUGAAGCCUACGCACCGAACAGAGGAUGGAAUGUAAUGAGAUCACGCUGGGCGUAUCUGCCUUCCGAUUUCCACGACAGAGAUAUCGCUUUCGUUGUCCGAUGGGCUGAACGCCGAAGGGAAUUAGGACUCAGUCCGGUUAUUUCGGGAGGAAGGGACAUGGAGCAGGAUCAAAGUGUCCAGGUUCAAUGA